AUGUCAUUUUUUGGCUUUGACACCAGUGGCCGCGGCCACAACACCGCGGCACCGGGCUUCUCCCAGGCCCACGAUCCCUUUGCUGGCCUCUCCGGCCGCGACGACAUCGGCGACGACGCCCUCGAGUUUGAAGAUACUUACGAUGGCCUCGGCGACCAGCUCGACGAAACCGACGACGUCUUCAACGACGAUACUUUUGGCGGCGACACCGGCCCCACUGCCAAGGUUGGAAAGGACUUUGACUUCUUUGGCCAGACGGCCAAGGUCGCCGACGCCAUCGAGGAGGAACAUGUUCGCUACAAUCGUCAGCAGCCCGUCGCCAGGUCCAACGUCCAGCAGGCCCAGCCCGCCAUGCAGACGUCGUCCUACUAUGGCCAGCUGCAGACCCAGCGGCCGGUCCGAUCUGGCUACGAAAAGUAUCGCGACAACGAGCCGAUGCCCGACCUACACGUCGACCAGAGCAUCUGGGGAAUUGGCCCUUCCAAGGCCGCUGCGCAGCCCGCCGCGCAGCCCGCCCCUCAGCCCUCGGUUGGGAGGAAGAUCAUGAGCCUGGAGGAAGUCGAAGCUGCCAUGCGCGCCCAAGCUAAGCCCGCCCAGCCGCAGCCGUCGUUUACCGAACCCUCCUCGUACCCGCCUGUCGCCGCCGGAUACCCUGCUCCGCAGCAGCAGUUCCAGCAGCAGCAACACGCCCAGCCUCAUCCGGGCCACGGACAUCCCGUCACCAUCCUGCAGCGGCCACAGAACCAGCAUGCCAAGCCGCCGACGAGCUCGGAGAAGCUGCCCACGCCGCAGCCACAGCACGCCCAACGUCAGCAAGCUCCCACCCAGCCUAUGCAGAUCCUCCAGAACCCGAACCGCAUGUCUGGCGACGCCGCUCGCAUGGGAGUCCAUGGGCACCACCCCAGUCGCUCCCAGGGCUCGCUGCAGGGAAUCCAGCAAGCCCUUCACUCGCACCCGCAGCUGAUGCAGAUGUCGGAGGACGAGAAGGCUGCCUUCCUGGACCAAGAGACGAAGCGGGCCAAGCGCAACCACAAGAUCUGGCUGCUGUCCAAGGACAACGGGCUGAUGACUCCCCAGGACAAGAACUUUAUCACGCGCAUCCAGCUUCAGCAGCUCGUGUCUGCCACGGGCAACGUCGAGCAGGGAGGCGAUGCCCUCUCCGAAGACUUCUACUACCAGGUCUACAGCCACAUUCGUGCUGGUCAGCGCCAGAACCCCAGUCAGCCUCUCAGCAACUUUGCCCAGACGUACCUCUUCCAGACGGGCAGCCGCCAUGGCAUGCGGAGACACGGACGCCCCGCCGAGAACCACAUCCAGCGCAUGGAGCAGCAGGUCCAGCGCGCUGUGGAGGCGGCCAAGAACAAGCCCAAGAACCCGCAGCUUGUCAUCGCGGGCAGCCUGGGCAAGAUCUCCUUCAGCAACGCCAAGACGCCAAAGCCGCUCCUCAACAUCAAGCGGACCGAGAGCGAGUCGACCCGACCCGGCAACGGCAAGAAGUCGCCUACGCAGAGCGGUCUCGACCGCAAGAGCAUUCUCCGCAACGUCGAGAAGGUCUACGAGACUCUCAUGAAGAUUGAGGAUCACGUACGCCUGCUGCCGCCCCCGCUCACCGGCCAGCCUGACGCCGAGCUGGAGGAGAAACAUAAGGAGUGGAGUGCCAUCCUCGACGCCUACAACGCCAAGCUGUGGAAUGAGCUCAAGGUCCACGAGCCCAUCGGCGCGACUGUCCCGCACCCCUUUAUCGCCUUCCUUUCUUGCGCCAAGGGCAAGAAGGCCAUCCCUCGCAUCUUCCCGCACCUCAGCUUCGAGCAGCGGACCACCAUCUUGACAAUGAUUGUCUACCAUCUCGACCAGUUGGACGUUGUCGACGGGGCGGCCGUCGACAACGGAGAGCAUCUCAACUCGCGGAUGCGCGAGAAUAUUGAGCUGUUCAUCUCUACCGUCAUGCCGUCGUUGAUGCAGUACUUCAACGAUACCGGACUGGAUAUUGUGGAUGGGCUCUUGAACCUACUCGCCACCAAGCUGAACAUUGACUUGAUCGCCCGGACCAGGAUUGGAGUAUCCAUGCUCACCUUGAUUUUGAGCCGCGCCGUGCUGCUGAAGCAGACGGGCGCGGGUAGUCCCGAGCAGUGGGAGAAGUGGGAUCAAACAUUCGAGAUCCUGUUCAGCAAGCUCGAGCCUUCGCUGCCGUACAUGUUCCCCGGCAGCGUCAACGCCGGCGUCGACGUGUACGUGUGGCAGCUUCUGGCCGCAAUGGGCGUCACGGCGACGCACGACCAACAGACGCGGCUGGUGCUGGCCGUCAAAGACCGCGUUCUCGACACCGUGGCGCUAUCCAAGACCCUCCCGCCCGCCAUGGCAGCAGAGCGACUCGGCAGCGUCAACCUGUUUAUGCGCUCCAUCGGUCUGGAUGUCGAGCUUCUCCAGUAG